UUCACAUUUAGUUUCAAGUUAACUCUUAAUAAGUCUCUUAUUCAAUAUCUGUGUUAGUUUUAUGUAUUACUUCCUUAAAACAAACAAUUUUUAAUUGUAUAAAAAUGUGAUAAAAUUUCAAUUUAUUCAAAACAUUUUUCAUUUUGAUAGUUUAUAACUAUGAAUUUUUAAUGUUGUUUGAUGUUAAAAGUGUUAAUUUAAUUACAUUUUUCAAGAGAAUAUAGUUGUCAUGUUUUUAUAUAAAUAAUGCUUCAUGGCACAUGUUAGCAUUAGUCAAUCUGGGAGGUGUGAAAGGUUACAAAGAAAUCUUUUAGAUUCUGUGAAACAAUGUCAAAAACGUUUUGGAAAUUGUUCUGAAAUAGCAACAGAAUCUGAUCAGGAAGUAGCUUAUUUAUGUCAAUGUUUUGAAGCUGUUUUAUCACAUGGAUUGAAAAUCAACAAAACAGAAGAAAAGAAUUCUUUGAUAAAAAGAAAAGUUUCCAAGAUUGUAAAUGGGUUGUCAGAUUCAGAUAAAUGUCAAAAUCAAACAGUAGUUUCUUUUUGGUGUUUUAUAAAAGAAAUUCUUAAAGAAUCUGAAAUUGAGCGUUUUCACUUAUUAACAAGUAUAAAAAAUGAAUAUGGCCGUGGUAAGGCUUGGUUAAGAGCUUCAAUUAAUGAGAGAUGUCUUGAAAAAUAUAUGCACUUAUGUAUAAGUAGUAAUGAACUUAUAAGUAAAUUUUAUGAAGAAUGGGCUUUUAUGAGUAAUUAUGAAAAGAAUGCUAUAUUACCAAAUAUAGCUGCAGGAUUAUCAUCAAUUGUAUUUGCAUUAAAUAUAGAUAAGAUAGAGUAUAAUAAAGAUAUGACAGAACCCGUGUUAAAUGAACCAAUUAUUGAUGGAGAAGGUGAUUUUGUUUUAAAGAAAGAUAACAGUGAAAAAGGUAAAAAAAUUAAGGCAAAUUUUAUUUAUUUUGACAAAAAUAAUGACAUUCAACCAGCUGAAGAAGUAAAAUCUGAUGAUGAUGUUUUAUUAGCGGUUGGAGAUGAUAUACCUUCAGGUUCUUCAUUUGACAAAACAACUGGAUAUUUUAUUGGAGAGUUCAAGGAUUUGCCAUCAACUGAAAAAGAAUUAGAAAGAAGAUUUCGUAAAUUAAGUCCUAUUAAUGAAUCAAAUGAAGUGUAUGAAUUUUUUGUUCCUGUAACUUCAUUAAGUCCUCACUGUGAUACAGAUGAUGAGUCUAAAUCGUUGGGAUCUAAUGAUGAAAAUAAUAGCCUAAACAAGUAUGAUAAUUCUAAUGAUCAACUUUUGUUAAUGGAAAAACAUUUUCAAGAAAAAACUUCUGAGUUAGAAGCCAAAAUCACAGAACUUGUAAGGGAAAAUGACUUGUUAAAACACCAACUGAGAAAAUAUGUUAGUGCUGUGCAGCUAAUGAAACAAGAUGAAAAUGAAAGUGAAGAAGUCAAAUUAUACCAACAAAAAUUAAUCCAGGUGGCAGAAAUGCAUAGUGAACUGAUAGAACUUAAUUCCCGAUUAAAUGAUCAAAUGAUGGUAAAAGAUCAUUUCAUUACAAAAUUAAGAACAGAAUUAGUAGCUUUAAGAGGUCCAUUGCCAUCAGAUGAAAUUCCACAUACCAAUAUUCAUUUAUGGGUUCCAUCAGCAUUUUUGGUUGGUCGAAUAAAUGAUCCUCAUCAUGUGUACCAAAUUCAUGUACGUAUUCUUAAUGAAGAAUGGAAUGUUUAUCGAAGAUAUUCACAGUUUACAGAGUUUCAUAAGCAACUAAAGAAACAGUAUAGUGUGGUUUCAACAAUUGCGCUGCCACCAAAAAAAACCAUUGGUAACAAGGGUGUAAAUUUUGUUGAAGAGCGGAGAAAAAAACUUCAAGUUUACCUAAGACAAAUAAUAAACUUUUUAAUCUCUAUUAAUCAAUUAUUAGCGAAUUCUCCUAAUAAAUAUAAAUUAGUAAACUUAAUACCCUUUUUUAGUGAACAAUAUAAUCAAAGUCAUAAUGGUAAAAGAUCAUGGUUGAACUUAGGAUGUCUUGUGCCUCAAAAUUCUGUGAUAGAAUUAAAUAGUAGUUCUCAGCCUCAAUACACUGGAUUAUGACACUUGUUCAAUUUUUGUUUUUCCAGAAUAUUUAUUUAUAUACAACAAUACAUUCACUUAAUCAUUUUAUGUUGUUGCAUUUAGUAUUAAUAACUGUGAUUUAUGCUAAACAAUAUAUUUUAUUUAUAUAAUGAUAGCUAAAAAUAUAUAUUUUAUAUGUACAUAUAUAUAUAUAUUUACAUAUG